AUGUGCUCAAGAGCUCGUGGGCAGCUGGUGGCUGGGAGCCAGCCUGGGGUGUGUCGCUAUGGUUCUAGGUUGGAUUGCUGUUAUGGCUGGAAAAAGAACAACAAGGGCCACUGUGAAGCUAUCUGUGGACAUGGCUGCAAGUACGGCGAGUGCAUGGGACCAAACAAAUGCAAAUGUUUCCCUGGAUUUACAGGGAAAACCUGUAAUCAAGAUCUGAACGAAUGUGGACUGAAACCACGUCCCUGUGAACACAGAUGUGUGAACACACAUGGCAGCUACAAGUGCUAUUGUCUCAACGGGUACAUGCUUAUGCCAGAUGGCACAUGUGCAAGUUCUAGGACGUGUGCCAUGGUGAAUUGCCAAUAUGGAUGUGAAGAAGUCAAAGGGGAGAUGCAGUGUCUUUGUCCAUCAGGUGGUCUUCAGCUGGGACCAAACGGAAGGACAUGCAUCGACAUAGAUGAAUGCUCUGCUGGCAAAGCUGUCUGCUCUUACAACCGCAGGUGCGUCAACACAUUUGGAAGCUACUACUGCAAGUGCCAGCUUGGUUAUGAAUUGAAAUACGUCAGCGGCCAUUAUGACUGUGUAGAAUGUGUGACAAAUACACACAGGUGUAACCUCCAUGCAGAGUGCCUCAACACUGAAGGAUCCUUCAAGUGCAAAUGUAAACAGGGCUACCGAGGAAGUGGAUUCAAUUGUGCUGUUAUCCCUGAAAAGUCAGUGAAGGAAAUUGCAAGAAUUGCAAGAAUCCCUGGAACAGCUAAGGACACAAUUAAGAAACUUCUUACACAUAAAAACAGUGUGAAAAAGCAUGAAACAAUCAAGAAUGCCAUCCCAGAAGCAGCCGUGACACCAUCUUCUAAGACGCACUUGCAGCUAUUGCACUAUGAAGGUGGUAUUGAUCUUGGUGGGAGCUACACUGAGGAAGAGAAAGAAACUGAAGCUACUCCAGAAGAGGAGGCAGAAGAGUCAGACGAAGAGGAGAAGGAAAAUUUUGAGAAUCAAAUUGACCAUGAGCGAAUCCUUAGAGGAGAUGUCUUUUUUCCUAAGGUGAAAGAAGCAGCUGCCUUUGGCCCUCUCCUGGCACAGAGGAAAGUUCCAGUGUCGAGACCAGAGCAAGAAGUUGAUUGCAGCUUCAGUCGAGGGGUCUGUGACUGGAAACAAGAUGCUGAUGAUGACUUUGACUGGAAUCCUGCUGAUCGAGAUAGAGGUGAUGGGUACUACAUGGCAGUUCCAGCUUUUGUGGGGCACAAGAAGGAUAUGGGGCGUCUAAAACUUCUCCUCACUGACCUCAAACCAAAGAGCAGCUACUGCCUGAUUUUCAGUUAUCGGCUUGCUGGCGAGAGAGUGGGCAAACUUCGAGUGUUCCUGGCAAACAAAAAACCUGCUCCUGUCUGGGAGCAGGACAAAGGAAAAGAUGAAAGGUGGAGAACUGGAAAAAUAGAGAUAUUUCAGGGGGCUGAAACAACCAACAGUGUCACUUUUGAAUCAGAACGUGGGAAGGGCAAAACUGGAGAAAUUGGAGUAGACAAUGUUACAUUAAUUUCUGGUCUAUGCCCAGAGGAUACUUGACAAUGGAUAUUUGAGAGUUCUGGAUUUAAUCCUGUUUUUAAUAUUUGCCUUACUAGUAUUGUAUUUUUAUAUAAUUUUCUUUAUAAAAAACCAAAACCAUAA